ACCUCCCCUCUUCUCUCCAUGUAAACUCAACAAAACCACACAAAACCAUUUCCUUUCAUCUCUCUCUCUCUCUUUCUCUCCUCAUACAAUCAUAGAAAAAAAAAAUAAAGAGGAGAAAGAAAGAAAAAAUAAAUACAAAUAGAAUAAAAUGGCUCGUAAAACUCUAGUAAAUCCUUUUAUUCUGGUCCUCCUCCUUGUCGUCCCUUGCAUCGCUGCAUUUAACGUGACAACGCUGUCGUUCAACGACGCCUACGCGCCGCUCUUCGGUUUCAACAACAUCGUGCGGUCGGCCGACGACCGCAGCGUCCGCCUCAUUCUCGACCGAUCCUACGGGUCUGGAUUUAUAUCAUCUGAUAUGUACCUCCAUGGCUUCUUUAGUGCUUCUAUUAAGCUCCCCUCUGAUUACACCGCAGGAAUUGUUGUUGCAUUUUAUACCUCGAACGGAGACGUGUUUGAAAAGACGCACGACGAGCUGGACUUCGAGUUUCUGGGCAACAUCAGAGGGAAGGAGUGGAGGGUGCAGACCAACAUGUACGGCAACGGCAGCACCUCGCGCGGCCGCGAGGAGCGCUACCUCCUCCCGUUCGACCCCACUGCCGACUUCCACCUAUACUCCAUCCUCUGGACCGCCCAAAACAUCAUUUUCUACAUUGACGACAUUCCGAUCCGGGAGGUUCGUCGGUCGGAGGUCGUGGGCGGCGACUACCCGUCGAAGCCGAUGUCGCUCUACGCCACCAUCUGGGACGCCUCGAACUGGGCCACGGCCGGCGGCCGCUACAAGGUCAACUACAAGUACGGCCCCUUCGUCUCCGAAUUCUCCGACCUCGCCCUCCUCGGCUGCCGCGUCGACCCUCUCCAGGCGCCGCCGUCGACUUCCCGGAACUGCACUGCCUCCGACGCGGAGCUCGCGGCCACCGGCCUGGCCGUGAUGACGCCGGAGAGGCGCCGUGCGAUGCGCCAGUUCCGGGAGCGGUACAUGACCUACUCCUUCUGCUACGACACGCUGCGGUACCCCGAAACGUUUUCCGACUGCGACAUCGUGGAGUCCGAGAAGAGUCGAUUUAAGGAGACCGGGCAUUUGAGGUUCAGCGGCAGUGGCAGCGGCAGCAGCAGCGGCGGUCGCCAUCGCCGCCGGUAUGGGAGGAGACGGGCUCGGGUUCCGGUGGCCGCCGACGCCGAGAAACAGGCCGCAAUGUGA